AUGGCUGAGGCCGACCAUGAAAAAGAUAAUGAGUCUGACAUGCAGAAAGACCAUGUUGAUGAUGAAAAUCAUGACAUUAUUGAAGGUAUUAUUAAAAUAUGUAAUAAUAUUUUCAUAUUAUGACUAUUUUUUUACUAGAACAUUGCAAUUACACAUUUUAAAUUCUGUAAUGUAAAAUAUCCUGUGAAAUGACACCAUAAUCCUGUCCUUAAAAAGUUUUUUAUAUACUCCUGAAGGUCUUGUCCAGUAAGUAUGGUGAAGGUGAACAUUCUGUCAGAAAAUGUCAGACAUGUGCUUUUGAAAAAAUCAUUUACUCUGAUGGAGUCCAUACCACAGAAGGUGGCUCUUUGAUGGUCUAUUGUGAAGAAGAAACAUUUUCCUGUCCAAACUGUGACAUUUUAAGUGACGUUGACAAUACUAGUAGUAAGGAAUAAUUUCUGUCAUUUAAUUACCAUCAUAGCAUUAAGUCCAUUGCAUUUUGUGACAUUACCUUUGACAGGGGUUACAAAAUAACAAAAUUUGUGCUCUUGCUAAGAAAUAUUUAUUUACAAAAUUGAUUUAAAGCAUAAUUGUUAUCUUUGGCCACUUGCAACUUUUUUUUAGUUGAGAGAGAAGUGAACCAACAGUCUGAAACUAGCCAACAGCCUGAAGCCAAGCAACAGUCUGAAACUAAGAAACUGCCUGAAGCUGAACAAAAGGCUGAAUCUGACCAAAAAGGUGAUGCUAAGCAAAAAGCUGAUGGCAAGCAGGUUGCCCACAGCCUGACAUAG